AUGCCCAGAAGCCCCCUCGAGACUAACAACAAAAAAGAUUUGCUUCGCAUCUUAUCGUCUCAGCGUCACCACAUCCCCUCACAACAUGGCAAGCCAGGUCCCGAAAAAUCCGAAACAGGCGUUCUGCUUCGCAUACCAUCCGAGUCGCUCACACAUAUCACGUCCUUCCUCGAUCCGCCAGGUCUUUUCGCACUCUCACGCGCGAAUAAGCAGCUACACGAACACGUGAAUGAUGAUAAUACCUGGCGCAGGGCGUACGUCUACCAGUUCCUAGGCAUCGCGCCUGAAAGCGAUCUCCGCGAUGAAUCCGAUGGAAAGCGCCUGAUGUUGCGCAGGGAGGAGAGUUCGUGGAAGAAGGAAUUUGUGUUCAGAUACAACCUCAGACGACGCUGGGAAGGGUCCCGCAAUCCGACCAUCACUCAUAUUCCGCACCACUCAGCUGUGUCAUGCAUUCAUCUGAUGCCUUCCAACACCAUCCUGAGCGCGUCCCUUCAGUAUGGCAUUGUUUCGCGCUCGUACGCGCUCACGGGCAAGGUCUUGCGCGGCUUCCUGGACGCAUCGGGCACUGUGAAUGGCCUGGGAAUCGGGAACCCCAAUCAAGAGUUCUCGCCACACGUGUCUGCAGUCGCGCUCGCGUCCGAGGGCGGCACUGCAAAGGUGGUCUGGGGUUUCCGCCACGGCGAGGUCGCGGUUACUACGGCGAACCGCGUAAUGGACGGCAGCCGCGCGUCCGCGGCGAAGCAUAUGCGCUGCAAGGUGAACGAGAGUCACGAGGGCACCGUGAACGAUGUCGCGUGGGGGUUGACUGCGGACGGGCCGACGGCAUUUGUGAGCGGCGCUGCGGACGGGCGCGUGAAGCUGUGGGACGCCAAACAGAUGCAGUGCCUCUGGACCUCGAACAAGGGCCCGCAACUGGUGACAGAUCCGUGCGUUAAGGUUGCCCUCGAUGUCGCCCAUGGAGCGGUCGUAGGUGGGUUUCAAAGUGGCGAUAUCGUUGCCUGGACGGGAUUCAAUCCGCUUCUUGCGGAGGACGCCGACUCUGUUCAGAUUGUCCCUCGGGAAUUCAUAAUCCCUACACUCGGUCCUAAAGAUGGUGGUAAUGCUCAAUAUGAGUUGACUGAGUUAGAUUUCGCGUCUAUUUCCGCCCUGGAGAUGGCUCUUCUGGUGGCGUAUCGAGACAGCCCUUACUUUUAUCGGCUCUCCGUCGACAUGGUGAUGGAUGAAGUCGAGCGCACAACUUUUGGAGACGGGUCGACAGGUCCUAUUAGUGUACUCAAGCCCGUAUUUGCCACACAAGAAGGCGAAUCGAGCUUUGUGCUCGCUGGGGACCAUCUUGGUUGCAUCAGCGUCUUCGCCUGGAACGCGCAUCCUGCUCCGGGCGCUACAGGCGUAUCUGCUAUUCACAAGUUCGACGCACAUGAGGAUGGCGCGGUCACAGCCCUUGCGUGGAAUGCGGUCGUUCUAGUGUCCGGGUCCUCGCGCGGGACGGUGAAGGUGUGGGAUUCGCUUACGUUUGCACCGUUGCGCGCCUUCGCGUCCCCCUCUUCGCGACCAACUGUCGGUGGGGAGUGGGACGGAGUCAGCCAGAUUUUGCUCGAUCGGGACGUGAUGGUGGUAUCGAUCGGGACGAAGGUCAUGGCGUGGAAAGCAGGGCCUGUUGGGAAGCACGGUACCGCAUAUAUGAAGGGCAAACAAGCACGCGCUGCGAAGAAUGCAGGGGUGGCAAAAUGGCAUCAACAAGUCGAGAUGUAUCGUGACAUCGCAGAAUCUUGUCGGGAUAUUGAGGAAGAACAGUCUUAUACCCGUCGUGCGUUCGGGCGCGAAAGGGAACAGCGCUCAACGCUGAAUAAUCUCGGCUUGAGCGAGGUGGAAGCCGUUGAGUACGUGCUGAUGCUGAGCCGCGACGAAGAAGAGCGACGGCGCCAGGCAACUCCGCUGUCGUCUUCUUCGUUGCCUCAAGCAGACGAAGGUGUCUUCCUCGCAGACUUCGACGAUCCGUCCACUCCCGUGUCUGGCCCCGCUACGUUCUUUAGUUCGGAGGCGUCCUCGGGUGCUCCUUCGCGUGCCUCGUCUUUCUCGACGCAUUCACAUACUUAUGGGAUCUCGUACAGCAGCGGCCGUUCCCUCCGCGUCGCACCUUCACUGUCCAAUCACAAGGUGCAACUGUCGCCCCGCAUGCGUGCCGAACCAAUAGAAGCUGGAUUCAGCCCUCCCUCCACGUCUGACUCAGAGCACUUCCCCCCAAUGAGUUGCACGCCGUCCUCUACGGGCACGUCUGUACCCAGCACGCCGGGGACGAGCGGCAGUUGGGCCGUACACCGCUCCGUAUCAGGCAGCCCUGCGUCUACUCGCAGUGCAUGGAGCACGCCAAUGCACACCACGCGCUCCGCGUCCGGUGCUACCUCUCCCGGAUAUGGUUUGCUCGCGUCGUCCCCGCCCGCGUUCUUACAGAGGACUACCCCGUCAAGCCGCUCGGGUUCAAGUCCGUCGCUGAUCUCUACGGGGUUCGCGCAGAGGAUGGGCGGAGCUGCGAACGGUACGGACGGUUGUCAACGGGUUUCUGCGUAUCAGGUGGAUGCGAACCGUGAAGAAGAAGAUUUUAGGUUUGCGAUAGAGCUGAGUCUUGCUGAGGCUCGCAGCCGUAGUGAAUCAGCACAGUGA